AUGGAUAAAUUUCGCAUGCUCUUCCAGCACUUCCAGUCCAGCUCGGAGUCAGUGAUGAACGGCAUCUGCCUGCUGCUGGCCGCGGUCACCAUCAAGCUGUACUCCUCCUUCGACUUCAACUGCCCCUGCCUGGCGCGCUACAAUGCCCUCUACGGCCUGGGCCUGCUGCUCGCGCCCCCGCUCGCCCUGUUCCUCUGCGGCCUCCUUGCCAACCGGCAGUCCGUGGUGAUGGUCGAGGAGUGGCGCCGGCCCUCGGGGCACCGGAGGAAGGACCCAGGCAUAAUCAGGUACAUGUGCCUCUCUGUGCUGCAGAGGGCACUGGCCGCCCCCCUGGUCUGGAUCCUGCUGGCCCUCCUUGAUGGGAAGUGCUUCGUGUGUGCCUUCAGCAGCUCCGUGGACCCUGAGAAGUUUCUAGACUUUGCCAACAUGACCCCCAGCCAGGUACAGCUCUUCCUGGCCAAGGUGCCCUGCAAGGAGGACGAGCUGGUGAGGGACAGCUCUGCUCGGAAGGCAGUGUCGCGCUACCUGCGGUGCCUAUCACAGGCCAUCGGCUGGAGCGUCGCGCUGCUGCUGAUCGUGGGGGCCUUCCUGGCCCGCUGCCUGAGGCCCUGCUUCGACCAGACCGUCUUCCUGCAGCGCAGGUACUGGAGCAACUACGUGGACCUGGAGCAGAAGCUCUUCGACGAGACGUGCUGUGAGCACGCGCGGGACUUCGCGCACCGCUGCGUGCUGCACUUCUUCGCCAGCAUGCGGAGCGAGCUGCGGGCGCGCGGGCUGCGCGGGGACGCUGCGGGCGGGGACCCGGCCCCGCUCGAGCCCCCCGAACCCCCAGAGGACCUGGACAGUGGGAGCGGGAAGGCCCACCUGCGCGCCAUCUCCAGCCGGGAGCAGGUGGACCGCCUCCUGAGCUCCUGGUACUCCAGCAAACCGCCGCUCGACCUUGCGGCCUCCCCCGGGCUCUGGGGCGGUGGCCUCAGCCACCGCGGCCCCACCGUGGCCCCUGGCACCAGGCUGUCCCAGCACACCAACGUGUAGGGCCCCUACCCCUCUAACAAGAGUCCGAGGGAUUUCCAGGC